GCAACACGGCGGAAGCAUUUAAUGGACGCACGACGGACAAUUGGCUGAAAACGAAACCUACUGGUCUCGUCCUGCUAGACGUAGAAGGAUAUUCUCCCAGCUUUUACUUGACGACAAAGACAUUGAGCUUUUCGGCGAACAUGGGGGUCCCCAAGUUUUAUCGAUGGAUUUCAGAGCGGUACCCUUGUCUCAGUGAAGUUGUCAAGGAACAUCAGAUUCCAGAAUUUGACAAUCUCUACCUGGAUAUGAACGGGAUCAUCCAUCAGUGCUCCCACCCAAACGACGAGGAUGUCCACUUUCGCAUCUCUGAAGAGAAGAUUUUUGCAGACAUUUUCCAUUACCUGGAGGUGCUUUUCAGAAUCAUCAAGCCGCGUAAGGUCUUCUUCAUGGCUGUUGAUGGUGUGGCACCACGGGCAAAGAUGAACCAGCAGAGAGGGCGGAGGUUCAGGUCAGCUAAAGAAGCAGAAGACAAGAUCAAGAAAGCGUUGGAUAAAGGAGAGGUCUUACCCACAGAAGCUCGCUUUGAUUCAAACUGCAUCACUCCAGGGACUGAAUUCAUGGUGAGACUCCAGGACCAGCUCAAGUAUUUUGUCCACAACAAGCUCUCCACUGACAAGCUGUGGCAGAAUGUCAGAAUCUACCUGUCAGGUCAUGAGACCCCUGGGGAAGGAGAGCAUAAGAUCAUGGAGUUCAUACGCUCUGAAAUUGCAAAGCCAGGUCAUGAUCCCAACACCCGACACUGCUUAUAUGGCUUGGAUGCCGACCUGAUUAUGUUGGGUUUGACCAGCCAUGAACCAAAUUUUUCUCUGCUCAGAGAAGAGGUGCGCUUUGGAGGAAAGAAGUCCCAGAAAAGGAUCACCGCUCCAGAGGAGACAACCUUUCAUUUGCUUCACUUGUCUCUGAUGAGGGAAUACAUUGACUACGAGUUUUCAGCGCUCAAGACCCAAAUGGGCUCAGAUUACGACUUGGAAGGAAUAAUAGACGACUGGAUUCUAAUGAGCUUCCUUGUGGGCAACGACUUCAUCCCGCACCUUCCUCAUCUCCACAUCAGCCACGAUGCUCUGCCUUUGCUGUAUAGGACCUACAUCAGCGUGCUGCCCGACCUUGGUGGUUAUCUGAACGAGAAUGGCCAUCUUAACGUUGCCAACUUUGAGAAAUACUUGGAGAAACUUUCUGAGUUUGACCGGGAACACUUCAGUGAGGUUUUCGUGGACUUGAAGUGGUUUGAGAGUAAAGUUGGUAACAAGUACUUGAAUGAAGCAGCCGGCCUUGCUGCAGAGAAGGAAGCUGCCAACAAACACAACAACAAGGAGGAUAAUGCCUCCCUCUCUCUGGCAGCUCUCACCUCAUCAGAUGAGGUGCCAGGAAGUGGGAAAGGAGCCGUGGUGGAAGAUGAGGAAGAAGAAGAUGAUAUAUUUGAGACUGAGUUCAGACAGUACAAGCGCACGUACUAUAUGACCAAGAUGGGGGUGGAUGUGGUGUCUGAUGAUUUUCUGGCUAAACAGGCCAAAUGCUACGUGGAAGGUAUCCAGUGGAUUCUACACUACUAUUACCAUGGCGUUAAGUCCUGGAGCUGGUUUUACCCCUACCACUAUGCACCCUUCCUGUCAGACAUCAAGAAUAUAUCAGAGUUGAAGCUGAGCUUUGAGCUUGGAAAUCCCUUCAUGCCCUUCCAGCAGCUGUUGGCAGUCCUGCCUGCUGCCAGCAUGGAGCUGCUGCCUGAGUGUUACAGGCACCUGAUGACCAGUGAAUUGUCGCCCAUUAUUGAAUAUUACCCAGUUGACUUCAAAACUGACCUCAAUGGCAAGCAGCAGGAGUGGGAGGCCAUUGUACUCAUUCCCUUCAUCGACGAGAGGCACUUGCUGGCAGCCAUGGAUGCCUGCAAUCAUAAGCUAACAAAAGCAGAGAGGGACAGAAAUCAUCAUACAGAGUGUGCCCUCUACACGUACGAGGCAGAGAAAGACUUCACAUACUCCUCCACUCUGCCUCAGCUCUUCCCAAACAUCAGCCACUGUCAUGUCAGGGAAGAAAACAUUCCUAUGGAUGCCUGGCACGUUCCACUGAACCAUAUCAGCAAGAGUGUGGAUCGCUCCGCCCUGUAUUUCUGUGGCUUCCCCACACUGCAUCACAUCAAACACAAGUUUAACAUGAAGAAGAGCGGGGUGCUGGUGUUCCAGCAGCCUAGCAGAGGUGAGAACAUGAUGUUGGAGAUCCUCCCUGGUGAGCAAAAGGAAAUGCUUUGUGAUCACGUUGCUGAACAAGUACUGGGGAAGGCCGUGUUUGUCAACUGGCCACAUCUGGAGGAAGCUCGCAUCGUCGCUGUGUCAGAUGGAGAAACCAAGUUUUCUUUGCAUGAACCGCAAGGCGUCCAAAGAGUCUACGACAGACCAUCCACACCUCCCCCCAUCAAAGUCACUUUCCUCUCGGACAAGGAACAACGGGAAUGGGAGAAAGAAGUCCAAGGAAUCACUGAGCAGUUUCUGAAGAGGAAAGGCAUCAUCGUGAAUGAAACAUCGGUGGUUUUAUACGGGCAGCUGCUAACAGGAAGGAAAUACAUCCCUAAAGCCAGCGGUGUGGUGGAGCUGGAGAAACAGUGGGCAAAACAGGUCAUUGCUUUUGCCCACCAGACUGUGGUCAAGGACAUUAAGGCCUUUUAUUCAUCUUUGACCAGUUUCAAGCGCCUGGAAGACCUCUUUCCUCCUCACAGUACUGUAUUCAUGGUGGGGAACCCCUACUAUGCUGCCAUGGGAGAGGUGCAAGAUUCCAGUGAUGUCAUCAAAGAUGGCCGUGUCCGUGUGAUUUUCAACGUGCCACAUGAGCCCCAACUAGAAGUCUUAAUCCAGAACCAGCAUAAAUAUUGUGUGAAGUACAGUCCUGGAUAUGUUGUGGCGUCCCGUCUCGGCAUUACGAGCUACCUUGUGUCCCGCUUUUCUGGAAGCAUCUUCAUCGGCAGAGGGUCGAAAAAGAAUCCCUGUGGGGAGCAAAAAGCAAAUGUUGGCCUCAACCUGAAGUUCAAUAAGAAGAAUGAAGAGGUUCCUGGAUACACAAAGAGAACGGAGAAGGAAUGGCUCUACUCCGCUGCUGUGGAGGAGCUUUUGGCUGAAUACUUGGAGAGAUUUUCAGAGGUGUUUGGCACAGUUUCCAGAAACUCUCAUGACGACAUCUUCUAUGAAGACGACAUCUGGCCUGGAGAGGACCAGAAUGGGGCUGAAAAGGUGGCUGAAAUCACUGCAUGGUUGAAAGGUCACCCUGUCAGCUCCAUCAGCAGGGCAUCAUGUGACUUGCAAGUGCUGGAUGCUGCUAUCGUGGAAAAAAUUGAGGAGGCUGUGGAGAAAGCCAAGGUGAAGAAGAGCACCAAGAAAGUUCGUGUCACUGUCAAGCCACAUCUCCUCUUUAGGCCUUUGGAGCAGCAGCAGGGAGUGGUCCCAGACCCUGAUGCAGAGUAUCGCCUGUUUGACAGAGUCAUCAAUGUCAGGGAGAGCUUCACUGUCCCGUUGGGUCUCAGAGGAACAAUCAUUGGCAUUAAAGGAGCGGAGCGCGAGGAUGAGGUUCUCUAUGAAGUGGUGUUUGAUGAAGAAUUCGCUGGAGGCCUUAACAUCAGGUGCACAUCACCUCGUUGUUACCGCCUCCCUCCAUGCGCUCUGAUCAACCUCUCCCACGGUAGCCGAAUGGAUCCCACGUCCCACAAACUCACCGCCAUUGUCAAACCUCAGCCCGCCGCCGCUGCCAACUUCAACUCGCACCAUCACCUGGGCAACCUCAACCACUCACCGCGGUCACCGUUUAUAGCCACACAACAUAACAAACACGCUGGGGUCAAAGGCAAUGGCUCUACCUCGAAGGCUUCCAUCCAGAAACAACAGGCCAAGAGUAAAGAGGCAUACGCAAAUGUGUGGCAGUCUCUGCAGAAGUCUGCCCCUCCUCAUCAACCUCCUGCUCACUGGCAAAAUAAUGCCUCCAUUGCUCCCAUCAGAUUGUUGAAGAAAAAUGAAGAUGCCAUCUCCCUUUUGCCUCAGCAGAACAGCGUCAACCAGAUACACAGUUCUAAAACAUCUGCGGAGUUUGAGGACCUCAUAGCCAGCCUGAAGAUCUCGAAGGAGAGCCAGGAGACACCAAACCCUCCUACCCCUGCACCAACCACUACCAUUCAAUCAGAUGGGCCAUUGUCCCCACAAUCCUUUGCCAUGAAGGGCACCAGGGUGUUGAAGGAGAUGCUGAAGAUCGACAGCGCUGGAUCAGGAAGCACUUGCCCUCAAGAGGCAGGCACUUUCUCUGAAGGCCAGACGCAAAACCCGAGGAGAAAGUCUAAAAAACUAGCAGCAAUGAUGACCAUUCCCCAUGGAGAUCCAGCUCAAUCAUCUCCUGAUGUGCCUGUCACCCCCGUAAACCAGCCCAACUCUCUAAUGGCCAGCAAGGUGUCAGAGCUGGCCUGUGUGUGUGUCACUUUAGACAUGGCGCCACCGGAGUUCAGCUUUAUGCACAACAGACAGGGUGUGGUGGUAUGUCAAGUCAAGCUGUCCAAUGGUUUGAUUGUUCACGGGCCGCAGUGUCAAUCAGAAAACGACGCCAAGGAAAAAGCUGCCUUCUUUGCCUUACAAAGACUGAAUUCACUGGGGUCAGGCUUCCCUCUUCAAACUCCUCUCUACCAUGGCGUUGGACGCAUGCAAGCUCCGCCCAUCAGAGCCAUGCCGCCUGUCUUUAACCAGCCAGGUGGCUUGCUGAUGCCCCCACAGGGUUGUGGUCCUGCCCCCAUGUGGGGAAUGCCUCUUCCUCCCCACCUCCACCACCAGAACCAAGCCUUCUACGGAGCACCAGGAGUGUUUCCUGUGCGGCCACAGCCUGUGACCACACUGCCUGUUGGCUCACACAACCAGUUCAUCCCCUUACAGGUGACCAAGAAGCGCGUGUUGGCCAACAACAAGAAGAAGCAGGACACACGAGAGUUCUACAGCGCCGCCCAGACUGUGGCCAAGAACCAGAGAGGCCAGGACACCCGCUCUGGCCAAUCACAAGCUCACAACGUCAGAGAGACCCAACCAACGUGUAAGGUAGAAGCAGCUUCCAAGCCCACACCGGACCCCCACACGCCCCCCCAGCAAAACAAACCAACAGCAGCCGGCCACACAUCUGGCUCCGCCUCCAAAAGGAAACACAGAAAGCUGGCCGUCACCUUUGAGUCGGGUAAAGUGUCCGAGCAGUGAGCUCCUGAAGCGUCACUUCUACUGCAUAUUGCAGUUUCGCACUGCCCCAGUAGAUGGUAUUGCAGUAUUACUGCCACACUGUCACAGUCAUUGAUUUCCACAACACACAUUUGGAUUCAUGACGACUUCAGUGUCCACUUCAGCAGGGGUGUCCUAACUUUCACCACAUUGAGAAAAAUCUUAAUUUGUAUCACACAUAGUAAAAGCACUCCAGUGGAGGUUGAAGAUAUUGCCCGUCCAGCGAUUAAAUAUAAAAACUGUUAUACUAUGCCACUAACCGCCCCCCCCCCCCCCCCCCCCAGCCACACAUGGGACACCCCUGCUGUAACGUGUCAGCAUGUAACGUGUCAGCAUGUUGGAAAAGAACGCUGUAAAUGUAAUGAUGCAGCCGAGUCGGCCAUGUUUCAAACUCCAGUAUUUCCUUUUAUAUUCAACACUAGAUGACAUUAUUUGGAAUAGAUUUACCCUACGUAAUCAGAAAAUUUUACAAUCCAAACUCCCUUGGGGGGGGGGCAAAGUCAUUUGCAGCCCACAGCUCAAUUUCUGUUGGCAUUGUGAAAAUAAACAUAAUUGGAAAAAAAACAUAAUUGGGGAGAAAAAAAUACUUGUUUUUCAGAAAAAGUUAGUAUACCCCUGAUGUGUGAUGCGAACAUAAUUUUUACGGUCUUCCAGCGAGGUGAAAUGUGCCUACUCAGCAGUGCACACCUUUUUUUUUAAGGGUGUGUUCAUGAAUGGAAUAUUCAUGCAAAAAAAAAUUGCCCAUGAUUUCCUUUUCACUUUUUACAGUCUUUUAUUUCUUUGAGCGGCAACUUUUUUUUUUAUACUUUUUAAUGCAAUGUCAUGAAGAUGUGGAAUUGAAAAGUCGGGCUGUAAACUUGACUGCAGAAGAGCAGCGCAAGCUUACUCACUGACUUUUUUUUUUCUUGCAUUCUGACUUUUUAGAGUUGAUUUUAAUAGGUGACCUUGAAAAAAAAAGGUAAUAUUUUCUUUCCAGAUGCAUCUUCCCACCUUUUUUGAGUCAGUACAAGGUGAUGGUGCAAAACAAUUGGUUAUAAUUGAUUUGCCAACAUAAACGAGUGAUGGACGUCCCAAUGUAAUGUUUACGAUAGUGUUUGAUGUGUUUUAGGGAAUACAAUGAAAAGCUUCCAUGUUUUUACUUGUAUUGGACAUCUGUACAAAUCUUUGUAAAUGCAGUCAGACCAUCGGUCAUGUGAUCAUGUAUUAAUCAACAUUUCACCAUGAAAUGCUCACAAAGGUUAGAUGGUAUUGGACAAAUUUACUGAGUCUGAGUUUUGUUGAUUGUAUGAUUUCAUCCUUUGAAAUGUGUGGACAUAUUUACCAAAUUAAACCUUU